UCUGUGUUUACGCACAGCGGCGGGUAUCCCAGGGAGGAAAAUAAAGGAGGACACCAUGGAAACACAAGACAUGUAGAAAAAAAAAGAAAUCCAGACCGGAUGUUAAUUAGAAACACAAUGAAAACUGUGUUAGACUAGUUAUUUGGGAUCUUUUACACUUUUGCUUGCAUCUAUCUGGGUCCGUCCUUCAUUUUCCCCCCCAUCACCGGUCCAUCCACCGGGUGCUUCUUUUUACUUGGAGCCUCACUAUGAGGAGGAUGGACACCCGGGUGUUGGUUUGGCUCUGCGCCGUCGCUGCGCUGUCGGAGAACCGGAGUCCUGCGGCUACAGCGGGGAGAAGCUGCGCUGACAGCCGGCAGGUGUACUCAGAGAAGGGCUACAGCACCAGCACCGCUCCUGUCACUCAGAUCUCCGGUGAGCACCUACGACUUUGUCCUCAGGAUUAUACCUGCUGCUCUACUCAGAUGGAGGAGACGCUGUCCCUGCAGAGCGAGAGGGACUUUCUGAAAGCCAUCGAAGACAACAGCCAGUUCCUCUUGACCACCUUUACUCAGAGGCACCGUCGGUUUGAUGAGUUCUUCAGAGAGCUUAUAGACCUUUCUGAGAAGUCUAUGAACCAGAUGUUUACCAAGACCUAUGGCCGGCUCUUCACCCAGAACACACACAUCUUCCAGGAGCUGUUCCUGGAGCUUCGGAGAUAUUAUUCCGGGGGUAGCGUGAGUCUGACAGAGGUCUUCUCAGACUUUUGGUCCGGAGUGGUGGAGCGAGUCUUCUCACUGGUCAACCCCCAGUAUCAGUUCGGUGACGAUUACCUGGAAUGUGUCAGCAAACACGCUGAGCAGCUGCAGCCCUUUGGAGACGUGCCUCGCAAACUUCGAGUGCAGGUGUCCAGAGCUUUCAUAGCUGCCAGAACUUUAUCUCAGGGCCUGGCUUUUGGACGGGAUUUUGUGAAUACUGCCACAAAGUUGACAGCAGAUUCAGAGUGUGUGCGGGGCCUCAUGCGUCAGUGGUACUGCCCCCUGUGCAGAGGCUUGCCGUUUCUGCGGCCUUGCCACUCGCUGUGCCUCAACGUGAUGAAGGGCUGCUUGGCCAAUCAGGCUGAGCUGGAGGCAGAGUGGAACAAUUUCAUAGAUGCUCUCUAUCUGGUCUCUGAGAAGCUGGAGGGGCCGUUUAACUUUGAGCUCGCAGCUGAUUCUAUUUCUGUAAAAGUGUCAGAGGCCAUCAUGCACAUGCAGGAGAACAGUGUGAGCAUCUCCAGCAAGGUGUUCCAAGGUUGUGGAAAUCCCCGACCAGCUCCAGCACGGAACAAGCGUUCACCCAAUGAGUCAGGGGGCAACAGGAAGCCCUUCCGCACCUACACCCCCGAGGAGAAACCCACCACAGCUGCAGGCACCAACUUGGACCGGCUGGUUACUGAGCUGAAGGAGCGACUGAGGCCCAUGCGAGGCUUCUGGGUGUCCCUCCCACACACCAUCUGCAACGAUGAGAGGAUGGCGGCCGACGUCACUAAUGAGGACCGCUGCUGGAACGGGCAGACCCGGGGGAGGUACCUCCCGGAUGUUACCGGCGACGGGCUCACUAGCCAAAUAAACAACCCAGAGGUGGAAGUGGACAUUUCCCGUCCAGAUGUGAAGACCAAACAGCUGAUCAUGGAUCUGAGGGUCAUGACCAACAAACUGAAGCAUGCUGAACGCGGACAGGACAUGAACUUCAUAGACAGUGAGGAUGGCAGUGGCUCAGGGGGUGGAGAUCAGGGUGAGAGGUACAGUGAUGAUUGGCCGGGUUAUGGCCCAUACUCUCCUCCAUACAGCAAACCUCCACAUAACCCCGUCUCCAACGCGGCCAAGCCUCCACGAGGCCGCGAGAAAAACGGGUCCAAGUGGAGCAAAAACAACGGCCACGGCCGCGUGCGAUCCUCUGCCAAGCUGCACACCUCCGGCCUUCUUCCCCUGUUGUCCUCUCAGUUUGUGAUCUAUGUCGCCCUCUUGUGGAGAUAGCUGGCUGUUACAAUCUGGUGGUUUUAUAGAGAGGUGUUUGCUAUGCUGCCGUUUUAAGCACAUUCUGAAGAAUUACUAAAGCCAUUCCAUUUGGGUACACCAGCAAAAAAAAAAAAAAAAACAACAACAAACAAAAUCAGUUUAAAUUAGCAAUAAUUUAACAGCACAACAUAAAGAAAAAAGGAAAUAUUUCCCCCAAUCAACAAAGGUAAACUUUCCCCAAUUUUGAAGCAAAGAGAAAAAAGUUAAACUAUGUUUCAAGUGCCAUUUGUGAGAUUUUGACCUGUUGGAGUUUGAUGCUGAUUUGUUUGUUUUUUACUGAAAGUCGAAAUAUUUUUUAUUGUUUCAAUGUCAAGUGAAUUAGCACCUUUUUUUUGCGUGUUUGAGACAGUGGAUAGUCUCGUCUGUGAUGUAGAGCUUAGGGAUGUCAUUAAUUAACUGUGUUUUGGCAAAAAGAUGAGUCAAACUAAGGACCUCUAUCUGCUGCUUUUCUUCCUUAGUUUGACAUUGAGCUUACUAAUUUUUUGGUGUGUCUGACAGAUGGCUUUAAUGAACUUGUUCAACUAGAUAGUACAAAUAAACACAAACACAUCACCUUGAAAACCAAACAAUGGACUGAGUUUGAAUGUAAAGUGUUAAACCUGCUUUUUAUUUAAUUGUAAAAUAUUGUUUAUAUCUGAGUUUAAAAGCAAUGUUUGUGUUUUUAUUUUUUGUAAAACAUGUUUGUCUAAUUUUUGUGGGGGAAAAAAAAGAGAAAAGUCAACAUGAAUUGAGCUUUCAUGGUCUUAGAAUAUAGUUACCAUAAUAAUUUUGGUUUAAUCUGACCCAAAUGAAGGGGAGUGUUUUUGUGGGAGUUUUUCUGACUUUUCAAACUAUCUACUGUUUUCAGGUUUUAUCUCUAAGGGUCAUUUUAAUCCAACCCUUUUCUAUUUUCUUCUUAAAGCAAAUGAUGAUCACAAUAUAGAACCAUCACUCUACUGUAACUUUCAGUUACCUAAAUAAAAACUAAAAGCAGUGUGUUAAAGACAUCAAGCCUAAAUGACAUUUAGAAAUACAGACUUUGACACUAUCAAUAAAAACUCUUAACUUAUUGAAACAUAUUUUUUUUUUAUCUUGAUGUAUUGCUUUGGUAUCAAAGGAAGCAUUACAUGUAAUGGAUGUAAAUGUUAAUUUGCUGAAGCUUUUCUUAGCAGGGGUCAGGUAUUUCGUAAAAAAUUUGGUUUAUGAACAGUUUUACUAAAUAAUGAGUGGGAUUUUAAUUUGGUGGAAAGAAAUUGUAUGUUUUAUUUUGAGGUAAAGCCAAUCAUUAGCCGUUAAUUUAAGUAAACAUUUGGUUGGACUUUUUGAGAGAGUAUGGAGCGACUGAACAUUUAAAUGAAUGUAUAAAUGCUGCAAAUAGACACUUCUGUUACAGAACAGGAAAAUCACAUUUUUGUAUCCUCUCCCAGCAAAUUAGAAGUAAAUGUCAGCUUGGAGUAAAGCCUUCCAGUUAAAGCAGCAGGCAUUUCACCACAGGCUGUUCCAUUAAACCUGUGGAUAAAUGCGUUUUAAUGAUGUGCUUUUGAUGAUAAGCAGCCAGGUAACUGAGCGGCAGCUUUCUUUGUAUGUGUAAAACUUCAGGAAAGUCCUUCAUUGUUUCUCAGAUAACUUCUGCAACAAUUCCUGUCAAGGUGAAAGUGCAACACAAAUUUCAUGUUGUGGUUUGUUUUGUUUUGUUAUCAACCUGGUGAUAUUUUCAGCUUCAAUAAAAACC